AUGGCCGACUACAAGGCUUAUCUUGCAGUGCAUGUCAUCAAUGAAGAGAAAAUCAUGAAAGUCACGAAUAAUGCCGCGAAACGAAUGCUCUAUGACUUUCAUUCAAAUCAAAACAAGAGGAAGCCAAAUUCCGUCCAUGCUUGCUAUAUCAUAGAUGGAUUCCUUAAGCGUGAACCCCAGCCCGCUGUAGAUGGGAAAGAGGAUGAUGGCGAGGACGUUCACAUGCAAAGCAGUCCAUUCAUUAGUAGCUCGAUGCCGCAAAAUGAUGCAGAGGUGGCAAACAUCCAAACAAGAACGAUCAUGCUGGUUAAAGAGGAGCACAUGCAAGAGGUCCAAGUCAAGUAUGAGCAAAUCUUUUCAGUCCACAUUUACAGCCUUAGUCCCUUCACUGUUCAAAACCUCGAAAUACUCUCCGACUGCAACCGCGCCAUUACCAAAAGAUUUAUCACCGAGGAUCCUCUUAUAUUUGGCAAAAAAUAUGGAGUCAUACAAAACAAAAGCGUCAAGCGACGGAAAGGUGGUUGUGCUCCCGAACCGGUGCCAGCGUUCCCAGUCUCAAAACGAGCAUCAACAUUGGAGAAUUCAAAGAGCGAAUCAGAUAGUCGACCUACGUCCUCGAAAGGGAAUCCAGAAGCCAUUUCGCCACCCGCUAGCCAGAGCGGCAAAGAAAAAAGCAAAGCCCUAGAGAUAUCCAAGCCGUUCAGUAGGAACGCCAAAUUGGGCGCGGCCAAACCACCAGCCAUAAAGCACGAAAAAUCCGACAUCAUGAAAGCCUUCUCGAAACCCAAACCCAGACCGAAAGCCGACGACACAGCUAGCUCUGUAGACUCCGGCGCUGAACAGCCACCGAAAGACUCUAGAGCACAAGCUGACGAACCAAUGAAAGAUAUCUCCUCCGAGUCCGAACAUGAAGAUGACUUCAUCUCCAGCAAGGAGAAGACAGAUGCUGGAAGAAAGUCACAUGUAGAGCGUGCAGAGCAGCUGCGGAAGAUGAUGGACGAGGAUGACGAAGAAAUGGACGACGCACCCCCAGACUCAGCGGACGAAUCACCAAAACCAGUUGCGGAGGAAGACGAGCUGGAACAGCCCGCCGCCAAAUCGGCUGAACCGUCUCCAGAGCCUCUCAUGACUGUGAGCGGAGGCCGGAGAAGGGUGACGAAAGAGGAGCCAGCGUGGGAGUCCUUUUCCGAGGACGAGCCGCCCCCAACAAAGGACAAGACCUUGUCGUCUUCGGCAGCAUCAGCGAAAGCGAAAAAGGCGGCGGGAAAGCCAGGGCAAGGAAACAUCAUGUCGUUCUUUGGAAAGAAGUAG